UGUGGGUCCUGGGGACCAGUCUCAGGUUGUCACGCUCAUGGGCAGUCACAUUUUCUAACGGAGCCGUUCUGCCUGCCCAGCCGUAGAUUGCCAGUCAAUUUUUUCUUACUUUUGACUUUGCAACACCAUCUCCAACAGGUUUCCUAAUCUCUUCUUCUAUAGAUGAGGAAAUUGAGGCUUCUAGGAAUCAAACUGACACGUCUAAGAUUGCACAGGAUUUCUUAGAAAAAAAAAUGGGAAUGUCUACAAUUUUAAAAGCCAUUCUUAACACUGAUAUCUCAAAGCACUUGUUAUACACGAAAGGAAGAGUCCUGCUGGAACUAAUCAGAAGACAAGUCUGGAAGUAUAAACGAGUUCAGGGGCUGUCAUUUAAUACAUCACCUAGCUCAGUGCCUUGAAGCUGCACCGACUUUGCAGUGUUAGGACGAUCUCUUUUGAACUCCCAGCCAGUUGAGAAAUUGAAAGCAGACGGUCGGUGAAGCUGUUUGGAAACUUGGUGCCUUUUAAAAUUAACCGAGUCCUCCAAGUGCUGCUUUAGAUUCGAGGUGACUAAUUGGAUAAAAGGGAAGGAGUCUUUCAGCUGAUGAAGAGUAUUUUAAGAGCCCAGACUGUUAGUUCCAGAAAAGGAACACACAAGAACAACUUCUCCAAUAAUGUUUUCAUUACAAAAGUGAAGUAAGCUUCCAACACUCCGUUCCAAUUGAGGACCAGAUGAUAGGUCGCUGCAGCCCGGAGAAGCUUGGGAGAGAAUAGAAAGUCCUUUGAUUUUAAAAUGGGCUUUAACUCUGAAACUUUCUAGUGCCAAACCCUUUAGUGUUUUAUUUUUUAAAUGAACACUCGGGAUGCUCUCAUAGAUGUCUGAGCUGGGAGGGACAGUUGGAGACCAGGCUGAGUCCGUUCUUACGUUCUUAUUAAUAUUAAACAGCCAGGUCAGUACCCUUGGGGCAAACGGGAGAGACGGAGAGGAGCUGCUGACAUUGACAAGGAAUCCAAACAGGACUUGCACUAUCGGUAUCUACCACGUUGCCGCUCCCCGAAUUGGCCUUCUGGGAAUUGUAGUCUUUUCAGACGCUGCUUUCCUAGAGAUCUUAUGUGCUCUGCCCCAGAGGUACUACAAAUCCCAGGGCGCAUCGGGAUCGGCCCCUCCCGCCCUGGUGUGAGUGUAAACUCACCGCGCCGGGGCGGGCGGCCGGCUAGCGGGUUUAGCGGCUCUGCGCGGGGCGAGUGGCUGGGGGACCCAAGUCUCCCCAUCUUCGGCAGGUGCUUACAAGCAGUGGAAGGCGGGCAAGCGGGAGCCAUGCAGUCAGAAUCUGGGAUCGUGGCGGAUUUCGAAGUCGGGGAGGAGUUUCACGAAGAACCCAAAACCUAUUACGAACUCAAAAGUCAACCUCUGAAGAGCAGUUCGGCAGAGCAUCCUGGGGCCUCCAAGCCUCCGUUAAGCUCCUCCAGUAUGACAUCACGCAUCUUGCUACGCCAGCAACUCAUGCGUGAGCAGAUGCAGGAGCAGGAGCGCAGAGAACAGCAGCAGAAGCUGCAAGCAGCCCAGUUCAUGCAACAGAGAGUGCCCGUGAGCCAGACACCAGCCAUAAACGUCAGCGUGCCCAGCACCCUUCCCUCUGCCACCCAGGUGCCGAUGGAAGUCCUCAAGGUGCAGACCCACCUGGAAAACCCCACCAAGUACCACAUACAGCAAGCCCAGAGGCACCAGGUAAAGCAGUACCUUUCUACCACGUUAGCAAAUAAACAUGCCAGCCAAGUCCUGAGCUCACCAUGUCCAAACCAGCCUGGCGACCACGCCAUGCCACCAGUGCCGGGGAGCAGCGCACCCAACAGCCCCAUGGCUAUGCUCACUCUUAACUCCAACUGUGAAAAAGAGGCAUUUUAUAAGUUUGAAGAGCAGAGCAGGGCAGAGAGUGAGUGCCCAGGUAUGAACACGCACUCUCGAGCAUCGUGCAUGCAGAUGGAUGAUGUGAUCGAUGACAUCAUCAGCCUGGAAUCAAGUUAUAAUGAAGAAAUCCUGGGCUUGAUGGAUCCUGCCUUGCAAAUGGCAAAUACGUUACCUGUUUCUGGAAACUUGAUCGACCUAUACAGCAACCAGGGCCUGCCACCCCCGGGCCUCACCAUCAGCAACUCUUGCCCAGCCAACCUUCCUAACAUAAAAAGGGAGCUCACAGCGUGUAUUUUCCCCACAGAGUCUGAAGCAAGAGCACUGGCCAAAGAGAGGCAAAAAAAGGACAAUCACAACUUGAUUGAACGAAGACGAAGAUUUAACAUAAAUGACCGCAUUAAAGAACUAGGUACUUUGAUUCCCAAGUCAAAUGAUCCGGACAUGCGGUGGAACAAGGGAACCAUUCUAAAGGCCUCCGUGGACUACAUCCGAAAGUUGCAGCGAGAGCAGCAACGUGCCAAGGACCUUGAGAACCGGCAGAAGAAGCUGGAACAUGCUAACCGGCAUCUGCUGCUCCGAGUCCAGGAGCUUGAGAUGCAGGCUAGAGCGCACGGACUUUCCCUUAUCCCAUCUACCGGUCUCUGCUCACCUGAUCUGGUGAACCGGAUCAUCAAGCAAGAACCGGUUCUUGAGAACUGCAGCCAGGAACUUGUGCAACACCAGCCAGACCUGACAUGUACAACGACCCUGGAUCUCACGGACGGUACCAUCACCUUCACCAAUAACCUCGGCACCGUGCCGGAGAGCAGCCCGGCCUAUAGCAUCCCCAGGAAGAUGGGCUCCAACUUGGAAGACAUCCUGAUGGACGAUGCCCUCUCGCCCGUUGGUGUCACUGACCCGCUGCUGUCUUCAGUGUCCCCAGGAGCUUCUAAAACAAGUAGCCGGAGGAGCAGUAUGAGCGCAGAAGAAACAGAGCAUGCGUGUUAGCCUUGCUCUGCCCCUGCACAAACUGCUUCCUCUCUUCUUCAGCAGACUUCAUCAUUUACCUGAAGAGGUUUUCUUGAUAAUUUUCCUUUAAUAUGAAUUUUUUUGUGCUUUAUCAGUAGCCCAGGAUAUAUUUUAUUUUUAGAAUUUUGUGAGCCAGACUUGUAUAUUCUAUUUUACAACUACAAAGGCCUCCAAAGUAUUGUACCAUCAGUGUUCAGUAUCUGUGAACUGAUUUCUCGAAGUGUGAGCUUUCUGAGCAAGGGGACAUUUGCUUCAGAGAAGUGUCUGUCCGUUUUCAUUCAGGGGAAAACUAAGCUUGCUGUGAGCUUUGUCUGUCUGUGACCUCCUUGGAAAUUAACCUGUAAAGUGUAAUUACACAAAUGUAAAGCAACCAAAAGAAGAGAACGAAGAUGAUGACGAAGAGAAAAGUGGAAAAGACAUCCAAGCCUUUCCCACGUUUAUGAAUGCAUUGAUUCCCUGGUCCUGCCUUAAAGACACAGGGCCCUCCCAGCAUCAGUUAGUCUUUGUACUGAAAACUACUUAAAAGAAGAAUACAUUACAUAAAGACAAAUAUAUCAGUCAUUUUCAUGAGGAUUGUCUGGUUAGAAAAUGUAACUUAUGAUAAACCAAAACUGAAGGGAGUUAUUAGACCAAGGCAUGAAACAUAGGAUCUGACCUUUCUGGCUUUUAUUGGGCACAGUUACAGUUUUCCUCAUAAUAAGUGUGAUUCAAUUUUUCAUAAGAUGUGUUUUAUUUUGAAGCAGAAAUGAAUGUCUUCUCUGGGUAAAAUAUCGAGGAGCACCGGAAGUUUGCUUCCUUUUUUUGUUUUUUUUUUUGUUUGUUUGGUUUUGUUUUUCUUCUCUUUUUUUUUUUACAUUUUUGCUUUUGAUAAAGAUAACCGAACUGGGCGCAUUUCUAAUUGGCUUUACUAUUUUUAUUUUUAAAUUAUGUUUUAGUCAUUUUGGUUGUAUAGAUUCUUUAUUACCAUCAUUUUUUUCAAUGUUUGUAUUACUUUGUAAGAAUAUGCAUCUUGAAAUGAUGAGUCUUCAAUAUUUUUACAACUCACUGGUAGUUCUCCGCGUUCUUUGUACACCCACGAAAGACUACUUUUACGCAAGGUCUUGUGUUCAAAGAGAGCUUUGCAAACAUUUUGUAUAUUCCAGUAUCACUUGAAACUGUUUUUGAACACAUUUAAGAUAUAGUAUUAAUAGGUUAAAAACCAGGCUUUCUAGAAAAAAAAUACUUACAUAUGCAUUUCUAGGAAUAUGAAAAUAACUAUAUUCUUGAAGACUGAUAACCACAGCAUUUACUAUGCCCACGUUGGUCCCUUAAAUUGGGAUUUAUUUCAGUAAACUGGCUGGCUUCUUCUUAAAGAGGGAAAUGCUGUAUUGGCAAAUUACUUGAUAACAAUGUUUUAACAAAGCGGCAACAUUGUAAGGUUAGUUUUUGUGAUUUCCUACUUGCGUAGCCCUAUGCAAUAACUGUAGCGUUCCAUGUAUCCCGUCUAUGUUUUAUACAGAUGAUAUAUAGUGUUGCACGCCAGGCUGUUGAAUGGAAUUUCUCAGUAGCAGCCUGUGAUUGAGUAGCGAGUGGCAUAAAGCAUAUCCUUCAGAAUGAAGUGCCUUAACUAUCUCAGCAGUCUCUUCUGGACCAGCACUGACUGAACUCUAAAGAGAAGGUUUCACGGAGGUAUCUGGAGCGAGGAGAGAAGUAGCGCGGUGCCUCUGCAGACAUUCUUAGAGCUUCCAACUUCCCUUCAGAUAUUUUUAAUAUGAAAUAUAUUUUACUGACAGUGCCAAAUUCUUUCAUCAGGAAAAGCCUUUUUCAGGAGGGAUUUUUUUAAAAGUGUUUAAACGUCAAAUGUGAAUUGGUGGUGGGUGAUGGGGGGGAUCCAAGAGGAUUGUCAGAUGUAUGAAUGGAUGGCUUUGGUGAGAAUUGUCAAGUGUGCGGUUCCCAUGCAUGUUGGGUAAGAAACACUGACGAUGCUAUUCAGCCUUGUAGCUUUAUGACUUAAGGGGGUAGGGAAAAUAAGUUCCCGUUCUUUCGACCUCCUUAAGUGCGUGACUCUUUUCCUAGAAUAGAAGUGCAGCUCUGCAUGAACAGAUAACUGUACCGUAGUGUUCACUGAUACAACCAUAGCAUUGUUUCCCUCUUCACAUUUGCCGUGGGUGGCGGGAGAGGGCUGGACGCGGAAACUGAAGAUCGCAAUGCUAUGAUGCUAGGUUUUCUUAGUUGAUUCUGACAAUAUUGUUUUUCUUUUUAAAUAAUUGAGCAAUGUUUCACAAGAUUGAGUAACCCAUGGCUGAGUGAGUUUGACCAAGGCAGAGCAACUUUCUAGAAAGUUUGUUGGGAGAAAGUAUGGCACAUUCCACUGCUACCCAGAAUUGUAGCCCCUGGGCUUGCCACUGCCGGCUUCCUAACGCCUUCCUCAUAAGACACAGCGGCUGGGAGAGGCAGGCGAGCAAUUCAGAGGCUGCAACAUGGGGGUAGUUUCAUUUAUUUCUUUUGUGCCAGCGAGAAUGUGGAUUCUUUCAGGGACUGCUUAAGCCAAGAGGCAGUAUUUUUGCUCACUGUUUUUAAGGAAAGAUCCAUGCCACUCACCCACCCCUGGGUGCAGAAUUGUAACUCAGGGUUGUACCUCUGUUUGGAGUGCUCAAAAUACCAAAAUUAUCCACCUUCCUCUGGGUAAACAUAAUGGAAAUACCAAACCUUCUGACUUUGCCAAAAGAAAAAAAAAGAAAGAAAAAAGAAAAAAAGAAAAAGAAAAGAAAAGGAAAAAAAAAGCUUCACAACCAAUCUGGUCAGACCCAGGUCAUGACACAGCUCAGUCUGGUUGUUUGUAUACGAUAAAGCAAUAAGAACAAAUGAAAUACACAGGACAUUAAAGAUACAAAGCACAAAGGAAUGCACUUAUUCAUAUUUUUGAAAAAUGCACUGGGGAGAAGUUGAUGUCGCUAACAGUAUGAAAAAGAAGCCGACUUCUGGACAAAGACAACAAGUGACUGUGUCUUGCGGACACUUGCUACUCUAGUGUCAAUAGCAGCCCCCGCUGUGGGGCGCAGCAACUCUUUCUGUACGGUCCACAGCACUGUAUAUUCUGAUUGAGAUUAAUGUAUCCAAUGAAAUAAUUGAACUGUUGUUCUUCAUAGCCUCAUUAAAGCAUUUGGUUUUUCACACCUUG